CGGAAGUCACACACAUGACAUGAAAGGUCAACACAACGAGGUCAGGGUGCAAAGUUGAACCAGCCGGAACGAGGCUGAACUUUUUUCCUCGUGGCUGCUGGACCAGCGCUUUAAAUUCUUCCAAAAUGGGCCGUUUGAUGCAGAAAAAGUAUGAGAGCGGAGCAGCCACAGCUUACAUCACCAGGAACAGAGCCAUCAAUUAUCUACAGAUCAGCCUGCCAGAUUUCAGACGACUAUGUAUCCUGAAGGGAGUGUACCCCCGGGAACCCAAGAACAAGAAGAAGGCCAACAAAGGCUCCACAGCACCCAGGACUUUCUACCUGAUGAAGGAUAUCCAGUAUCUCUCUCAUGAACCAAUCAUCAACAAGUUUAGGGAGUUCAAGGUCUUUGUCCGAAAGUUGAAGAAAGCAUUUGCCAAAGCAGAACAUGGAAGAGCACAGACCCUACAGGAGAACAAACCUGUCUACAAGCUGGAUCACAUCAUCAAAGAAAGAUAUCCCACAUUUGUUGAUGCUCUGCGGGAUCUUGAUGACUGCCUGUGCUUGGUGUUCCUGUUUGCAACAUUCCCUCAAACCAAAAACAUUCCAGGAGACUUUGUGCAAAGAUGUAGACACUUGUCAGUUGAAUUUAUGAAUUUCAUUGUGGCUGCAAGGGCUUUGAGAAAGGUGUUCCUGUCGAUCAAGGGUAUCUACUACCAGGUGGAGAUGCAGGGUCAGGUGGUGACCUGGCUUGUGCCAUACAGCUUUGGCUUCAAUGCAAAGGCAUGUGCAGAUGUUGACUUCCGUGUUAUGGCCCACUUUGUUGAAUUCUACAUCACGAUGUUGGGGUUUGUUAACUUCAAACUUUACACGUCACUUGGGCUACACUACCCUCCAAAGCUUACAUUUGAAGCCAAACUGAAAGAUGACGAUGAGAAAAACGCCUACUGUCUGGAGUCUGAGGCUACUGGAGAGAGACUGGCAGCUCUCAGUGCCAGCUUGGCAUCUGUGGUGACACAGAGUACAGAGGAAGAUGAGGUAGAAUUGGAUGAGUUUGAGGACAGUAGGACACAGGAGGCAAAACAAGAGGAGGAGAAAGAAAAAGCCUUCCAGAAACUAUUCAAUGGUCUGAAGGUGUUUGUAUCCAGGGAGGUGCCUAGGGAACCAGUUGUAUUUGCAGUCAGGAGUUUUGGUGGUGAGGCAUCGUGGGACAGGUCUGUUGCCAUGGGAGCGGCAUUUGACGAGAGUGAUGAGACCAUCACCCAUCAGAUCGUGGACAGACCAAAACCCGACAGACAGUAUCUGUCAAGGUACUACAUCCAGCCACAGUGGUUGUUUGACUGUGUGAAUGCUAAGAUGCUGCUGCCUGUAGAGGACUACUUCCCAGGUGUGGUUCUGCCCCCCCACCUCUCACCUUUUGUAGAGUACAAGGAAGGGGACUAUGUGCCACCGGAGAAGGAAGCAUUGUCCAGAAGACAGCAGGGUUUGGAUACUGGAGAUGCAGUAGCCAAAGAAGCUGAAGAUUCAGAGGAAGAGGAUGAGAAUGAAGAGGAGGAGGGACAAGAAGAGGAAGAUGAGGAGAUAGAUGAUGAAGAUCAAGAAGAGGAAGAAGUAGAGGAUGAAGAUGAUGAUGAUGAAGAUGAUGAUGAGGAGGAGGAUGAAGAUGAAGAGGAGGAAGAGGUGCAAAAAGUGGAGAAGAAAACACCACUGAAGAGAAAACAGGAUGAUGAUGUCUCAGACACUCCUCCCAGCAGCAUCAAAGUCAAGGAGGGGAAACUGGACUAUGAGGAUGCAAGUUCAAAGGCAAACCGUGAGGAGUGGGAGGCCAGGAAGCUGGCCAUCAUGAUGAUCCCCAAGAAACGGAAAAGGCUCUUUGAGAAACUUUCCAAGAGGGAAAGGAGGAAGAAACAUGAGGCAAAGAAACUUACAGCCAAGCGAGAGGAGUUUGAAAAGAGCCAGAAGACCAUGAAGAAGAAACAAAGGCUAAGCAACAAUUAAAAGUAUACUGCUUGUGCUAUAAGACAAACUAUGUACAGAUUUAGCAACUUAAAGUUAAACAAGACGUUAAAGUGUUUUAACUCAAUUGUUAGUACACACUGAUAGAGACAUUCACUAUGAAAACUCUCUGAAACUCUAACUCUAUAAAGUUAUGUUGAGCUUGCUUAAAAAUGGUUUUGUUGAGGAGCAUUUUGUCUAUUGUAUCACAGUGUUAUGGAAUAUGGCAAAGAAUCGUGUAUUUAUAGGUUUACAAGUAGGUAUUGUUUUUAAUUUUGCUGAUAGCAGAUACAUUUAGUUCUUAUUCCCUCACUAUUGUAAGAACUAAAUCCAAAUGUCUAGAUCAGAAUUUAUGAGGUUAAAUCUUGUGCUACAAAAUCUGGAGUAAUUUUUCUGCAUUGACAUAGUGCUGAAGAACUACAUUAAACCUGUACAGGUCCUCUAAUU